UAACUUGUGAACUGCGGCGUAAUGACGUACGACGUGUUUGCGUUUUAUUAGGACGUUGUGCGCGGGAGCUUUGGUUAUCAAACAGUGGAGUUAGAGGGAGCUAAAACCUGCAACUGUAUCAGAAUAUUUGUACAGCAUAAUAUUAGAAUAUAUAGACCAUGGCUAUGGGGACUGAGGCCAGGGUGCAGGCAGAGGUGGAGGAGGAGGAAAACUUUGGGCCACAGCCUCUGUGCAGACUGGAGCAAUGUGGGAUCAGUGCCAGUGACAUCAAGAAGCUGGAAGACGCGGGUUUCCACACCAUUGAGGCAGUGGCCUACGCACCCAAGAAGGAGCUGCUCAACAUCAAGGGCAUCAGCGAGGCCAAAGCCGACAAAGUUCUAACUGAAGCUGCCAAACUUGUGCCCAUGGGUUUCACCACAGCUACUGAGUUCCACCAGAGGAGAGCAGAGAUCAUCCAGAUCUCUACAGGCUCCAAGGAGCUCGACAAACUCCUGCAGGGUGGGAUUGAGACAGGUUCCAUCACAGAGAUGUUUGGAGAAUUUCGAACUGGGAAGACCCAGCUGUGCCACACACUUGCUGUCACUUGUCAGCUGCCCAUUGAUCAGGGGGGUGGGGAAGGUAAAGCCAUGUACAUUGACACAGAGGGAACCUUCAGACCAGAGAGACUGCUUGCUGUCGCUGACAGGUAUGGACUGGUAGGCAGUGAUGUUCUGGACAAUGUGGCCUAUGCCCGGGCCUUCAACACAGACCAUCAGACCCAGCUGCUAUACCAAGCCUCUGCCAUGAUGGCUGAGUCCAGGUAUGCUCUGCUGAUAGUGGACAGUGCCACAGCUCUGUACAGAACAGAUUACUCAGGCAGAGGUGAGCUGUCAGCCAGACAGGGACACCUGGGACGCUUUCUCCGCAUGCUGCUCAGGCUGGCAGAUGAGUUUGGUGUCGCUGUGGUGAUAACCAACCAGGUGGUAGCACAGGUAGAUGGGGCUGCUAUGUUUUCUGCAGAUCCCAAGAAACCAAUCGGGGGCAACAUUCUGGCCCACGCCUCCACCACACGUCUGUACCUGAGGAAAGGCAGAGGAGAGACGAGGAUCUGUAAAAUCUACGACUCGCCCUGUCUGCCAGAGGCUGAAGCCAUGUUUGCCAUUAAUGCUGAUGGAGUGGGCGAUGCCAAGGACUGAGCUGGCAGAGGGGCAGGAAGUGGUGGUGUGAUGGGGAUACGUUACUGUCAAACCUGCGGACUCAUUCUUGGAUUGAAGUGUUGCGUGUGCCAUCUUGACCCAUACUACUACCUUCAUGCAAAGCCUUAGACUGCUGGCUGAUGAAGAGAGAGAAGGUCAGGGGUUGUUUGAUUUGGUUUGAUGCCUGGGACAGAGUGGAUAGGAUGCUCUAGGCUGCAGGUCUGUCCUGUUGGAGCCCAGUGGUGCGACUGCAAACAAACCUAGAAAAACCGAAGAUCUCGUCAUAAAAAGGUCCAACUUUUUGAAUUUGUUGAAGGCAAUGUACUUCUGCAGUUUCAUUCAAGGAGUGGACAAAAAAUGUAUUUAAAGACAUGUAAUCAUAACUAUUUUAAAUAAUUUUUUUUUCUCUGAACUUUGUUUUUCCAGAGUUUCUCUUGAGUGGUGUCUUUGUUUGGAUGACUGACAGUAAAAUCUUUUGUAAGAAUCCUCAAUACGAAGUGUACUUACAAAGCCGUUUUUUUCAGAUUUCUAGAAAACUUUGUUUUUUGUCUCUUGCCAGCUACUCCACAACUGGUAUGUUCCUUUUCUUUGUCUUUACCAGAACCUUCUGUGUAUAAGCUUCAUAAAUUUGCUUUGCUAUUAA